AUGGCGAGCUACAUGAUGCCGGGCUACAACAUGCAACAGCAGGGCUACCCGCAAAUGCAGAUGACGGCUGAGCAACAGCAACAGUACCAACAACAGUACCAGCAACAGUACCAGCAACAACAACAGCAGUACCAGCAGUACCAGCAGCAGUACCAACAGCCUCAGCAGCAACAGCAGCAGUACCAGCAGCAAGGGCAGCAGCAAGGCCAGCAGCAGCAGGCUACCUCAGGCGGCUUGACUGUUACAGGCUGUGCGGAUGCGACAGUUGGCAACAUCGUUCGGGGCACUUUCGCCUACCAGACGGAGAACCAUGGACGGCCUGUUUACAAGAAGAAUGAGCCGGUGGCGAACAACCCCACGCUAGACGUCCUGAUCUACUUUUGGGAUGAGCGAGAUGGUGCAAACUUCUGCGGCUGGUGGUUUGGACCCAAGGUGGGGGGUGAUCAAGUCUGGGCGUACAACAGUGAGCGCAGCUCUCAGCCGCCCUCAACCGGUUGGCGUGUACCAUAUGAUGGCCAAGUGGACCCAUCUUUUGUCAUCAGCUCUGGGGGCUACAGCCAGGCCUACCAGGCUUAUGGACAACAGGGAUACGGUCAGUACCAGCAGCAGUACCAGCAACAGUAUCAGCAGCAAAUGCAACAGCAACAGUACCUCCAGCAGAAGCAGCGGGAUGACGAGAUGGCCCGGCGAAGGCAGGAAGAGCAACGCAGGGCGGAGCAACAAGGGGUUAUGAAUUGUCAGGCGAUCCUGCAGAAGCUGGCUGCUGCAACGCCUGAGAAUUAUGAACAGCUCAAGGAUGAGGUGGAGAAGAUGAUCAUGCAAGAGCUGCCGAAGUGUGGGAGCCAGGCCGAGGUUGUCAAGGCCGAGGUGAUGCAGCAGUUCCAAGGCGCGCAGAUGCGCGUGGAGCAGAUCAAGCAGCACCGCAUUGAAGAGGAACGGCAAAACCAGGAGCGCAUGGAAGAAGCCAAGCGGAUCCUCACAGAACUAGGAGGCCUCGUUGAGAAGGCGGAGCAAGACGCGGCAAGCCUCAAGACCACAGCUGCCCCUGUGCUAGGAUCCAAGUCCAUGAGCGAAGAUGAAGCCCGAGAGGCCGGAAAGUCUGUGAGCGAGGUAUCCGUUUCCGCAAAGGCCUCGUGCAAGAUGUGCUCCAGCUUUAUCGUUGAGCGGAGGAUGAGCAUCGAUGUGGUGAAGCCACCCUACCUCGCCGAGCUUCGGGAAGAACAGAUCAAGCUUCAAACCCGAAUACAGGAAUGCUACAGAAUAGUUGUAGCUUCGACAACGUCAGCCAGGGAUAUGAUUGACAAGGCUGUGAGGAAGACCCACGCCAUGAAGGUCUACGCAAAGCGCACUUCAGCUUUUGACAAGUACAACUCGGCAAAGGAUGGUUAUUUCACGGUGGAUGACAUGAUCGCCUAUGCCAAGGGCGAAUUCCGUUUCCCGCUGUGCAAAGAAGCGGCAUCAACCAUCUUGAAGAAGCACGGAGAGGGCAUUAGGGGUGUCCCGCGUGCUCGGUUCCAGCGUGUCAAGGUCGCAGUGGGCAUUGCUCGCGAGGAGGAGGCCGUCUUAGCACGGAAACGGGAAGCAGAGCAGAAGAGGCUUGCUUUGGAGGCCAAGAAGAAAGUCAUCGAGGCCGACAUCCAAAAGGUCGUUGACACCCUCACUGAUGCAGAGCCCGCAGUGGCAAAGGCCGAAGAGGCAGGCCAAGCCGAGCACUUGUCGAGGGAAUACCUUUGCGAGGCGCCAGGCAAGCAAGAGGUCACCGCCGCCAGCGAAGCUGCCACUAAUGCUUUGAACGAUGCUCAGGCUGAGUUGUCUGAUGUUCGCACCCGCUUAACUGACCUUGCAAACUCUGCAGACGAGGAUGUCAAGCAGUGGGUGCAGGUCGAGAUUCGUAAAGUCGAGUCGAAGGUGCUGCACAUGGAUACUCGCUUGAUGCAGACCAAGCAAGCAAUUGAGCGCGGACAGCGGUACUUGGAAAAGCUGGAGGUCACAGAGCUCCUGAAUGCGAGAGCAGAAGUCAGCAAACUCCUGCGUGCCAAGAAGAUGGAGCCAGAGGAUCUCUUCAAGGCGGUCGACAAGGACGGCGAUGGCACGGUCAACCUCUCGGACUUCACUGCCUUUCUUCAAGCUGAUGGCUGUCAGCUGGAUGCUGAAAAGAUGGAACAGACCUUUAGUUACUAUGACAUGGCCACAGGCACCAUUAGCAGAGAGAUGCUGGUGCUGGCAUCUCGGUGCUACUACUUGGUGGUGUCUGAGACCGUCAUGACGGAGCAGGAUGCCCUAGAGGAGGGUCAUGCGCUGCGGCGCCUGGAUCCCAGGGAACUCGUGGAGAUCCUGGAGGGCCCCUUAGAAGAGAAGACUCCCGGGAUCCCGCGUGCGAAAUGCCGGGCAAUUCUUGAUGCUGCAGAAGGCUGGGCCACCAUCACGGGCAGCGGUGGGACUUCCUUCUUGGUCCCAAGCGAGGGUCUGUUGGAUGUGCUUAGAGAAACACCUCUCACAAGCGAGCUUGAGGAAAGCACAGCCGUUCGUGAUCUCGCGCCCGGCGAGAAGCUAGAGAUCCUGGAGUGGUAUUCAAGGAAUGCAAACGGAGACAAGCGGGUGAAGGCCCGCGCAAAGGGCACCUCCGACAUUGGCUGGGUGACCGCGGUCACUGCUGAGGGGACAGAGAUUCUGAAAAUUUCAAUGGCCCCAAUGAGCUGA